AUGGCAAAGACUCGGAAAUUAGCUGUGGUGGGUAGUAGGUCAGUGGGGAAAUCCCUGAUGACAGUACGGUUUGUUGAAGACCAUUUCGUGGAAUCAUAUUACCCCACUAUUGAGAACCAAUUCUCCAAAACUAUAGCAUAUAAAAAUCAAGAUUAUGUCAUUGAAAUCUUAGAUACUGCGGGGCAAGAUGAAUAUUCAAUAAUGAAUGAAAAGCAUUUGAUUGGAAUCCAUGGAUAUUUACUUGUGUAUAGUGUCACACUGUUACAGAGCUUUGAAUUAAUCGAAGUUAUAAGGGAUAAGAUUUUGAAUAGUAUUGGAGCAGACAAUAUCCCCAUGGUACUAAUUGGGAAUAAAUCUGAUUUGAAUUAUCAACGACAAGUGGAAACUAUUGAAGGACAACAAUUAGCUGAGAAGUUUGGGUGUAAAUUCUUGGAAUCAAGUGUACAAGACAAUGUGAAUGUGAAUAAAGCGUUUGAGACUCUUUUGGACUCUAUUGAAACCAUCACAAACCCUCCACCCAAAUCUGAAGAUAAAUGUACCAUAGUAUAA